CACUCUAGUUUCGCCUCCGCUUGGUCGCUGUUUCGUUUAUGAAGCGAGUAUCAGCCAUUAAUGCUGCUUCUCUACUCAAACGAGAUUUCUCUAACCACCGCUUCUUCUCAUCCUCCUCCUCCUCCUCUUCUUCUUCGUUGCAGCUAAUCCCGCGAUGUGAUGAUCCACCUAAACCAAUCACCCUCAACCCGCUUUACAAUCUACUUCCCAAUACCCUAAACCCUAACCGAAUCGUCGACGUCAUCUGCUCCUCUCUCAAUCAACACGAUUCCCUCUCAUCCAACCUCCGCAACUCAGUCAAAUCCCUGAUUCCUCACCUGGGCCACCGUGAAAUCUCUAGGGUUUUGCUUAGGUUCCAAUCAGACGCCACUCGAGCUCUCGCGUUCUUCAAUUGGGUCAAAUCCGAUUUGGGCAAGACCCCGAACGUCGGUAACUACUGUUUGCUUCUUCACGUUCUCGCUUGGUCAAAGAAGUUCCCUUUAGCUAUGCAAUUUCUCUGUGAACUGAUUGAGUCAGUAGCCAAUGAAGAAGAAGAAGAAGAUGUGUUUAGUGUUUUGGUCUCUGCUACGGAUGAAUGCAAUUGGGAUCCCGUUGUUUUCGAUAUGCUCGUCAAGGCUUAUCUGAAGUUAGGUUUGGUAGAAGAAGGCUUCUCUGCUUUUCGAAAGGUGAUUGCUUUCGGUUUCCUUGUUAGCGUUGUCACUUGUAACCAUCUCUUGAACGGUUUGCUGAAGCUGGACCUAGCGGAUGACUGUUGGCAAGUGUAUAGCGUGAUGUGUAGAGUAGGAAUCCAUCCCAACGCUCACACGUUCAACAUUCUCACCAAUGCGUUCUGCAAAGGUUCCAGUUUUAACCAAGUUAACGACUUUCUGGAGAAGAUGGAAGAGGAAGAAGGGUUUGAGCCUGAUUUAGUCACUUAUAACACGUUGGUGAGUAGUUAUUGUAGGAGAGGGAGGUUGAAAGAAGCGUUUUAUCUUUACAAGAUCAUGUAUAGGCGUCGUGUGGUGCCGGAUUUGGUUACCUACACGUCGCUUAUCAAAGGUCUUUGUAAAGAAGGGAGAGUCAGAGAAGCUCAUCAGACGUUCCACAGGAUGGUAGACAGAGGGAUUAAGCCUGAUUGUGUCGCCUACAACACUCUUGUAUAUGCUUAUUGCAAAGAAGGGAUGAUGGAGCAGGCGAAGAGGCUGUUGCACGAAAUGCUUGGGAAUAUCGUUGUUCCGGAUACGUUCACUUGUAAGAUUAUAGUUGAAGGGUUUGUGAGAGAAGGACGGUUACUCGCUGCUGUGAACUUUUUUGUCGAGCUUACAAGGUUGAGAGUUAGAAUCCCGUUUGAAGUUUGCAGCUUUCUGAUAGAGAGUUUGUGCCGGGAAGGGAAACCGUUUGCAGCAAAGCAUCUUUUAGAACGAAUCACCGAGGAGGAAGGUCACAAGGCGACACCAGAGACUUACAACAGCUUAAUUGAGUCUUUCUCUCGUUGUGAUGCGAUCGAUGAGGCGUUGCUUCUGAAAGAGAAACUCACAAGUCAGAACCAAGUGUUAGAUGUUAAUUCUUACCGAGCUCUUAUUGGCUGCUUGUGUAGGAUUGGUAGGAACCGUGAAGCUGAGUCUUUGAUGGUGGAAAUGGUUGAUUCUGAUGUCAAGCCGGAUUGUUUUAUAUGCGGGGCUUUGGUUACUGGAUACUGCAUGGAGUUGGAUUUCGCUAAAGCUGAGAGUUUAUUGGCUUUCUUUGCUAUGGAGUUUAGAAUCUUUGACAUAGAGAGUUACAAUUUGCUUGUUAAAGCGGUUUGUGAAACGAGAAGUGGGUAUAAGAAGGUGUUAGAGCUUCAGGAACGAAUGCAGAGAGUUGGGUUUGUUCCGAACACUUUGAGUUGUAAGUAUAUGAUCCAAGGUUUGAGCCAACUAGACGGUUUGAUGUAAGAAAUUUAAACCGGUAAUUUUUGUAAUACAUGUAUCGAAGUUUCUAUAGAUUAGAAUGAGUUUUAUUAUGCCUUUCUGUUGGUUUAUACUAAAACCCAAAUGUCUGUCACGGUUAGACAACAAUAGUUAACAGAACUA